AAUGCAGAAUGCAGAGAGAGACUCAUUCAUGCAGUCGAACCGCAGCAGCAUUUUUAAAUUAUGGCGCUGCUGCUGUGUUGUUGCCACGGGCCUCGGAGUUCGCUAUUCGCAAUGAACCUUGACGAUUAUAAGUUAUUCUGAGUUGCACUCCGCUCUCAGUUUAGUGUUUGGAGCAGCAACUUCGGCAGCUGUUUGUGUAGGAAAAUUGCGGUGCGCACUGUGAAGUUGCGUAUCUAAUUCACGUCAUCGCUUUCUUGCAGUGUUUAUCUCUACUCGGUACCACGUGUUUUUAUUAUUAUUAUUAUUAUUAUUACUAAUUUUUUAGCGAUGAAGCUCACGACUCGACCUUAAGCUGCGAUGAAGUGUUUCUUUUCUUUUUCAAGAAUAUGGGAUUUCAAAUAGAAAAUCUUGCUUGAGUUCGAUCGUUGCACUGCUGAGGAGGCUCUGUAGUUUGGAGGCUUCAAUUUUAUUGAAUGAAAGGGGUGUAUGUAGGAAUAGGAGUAAUUGAGUGAGGUGUCCCUAGCAUUAAAGUUGCGAUCGUGUCGGCUAUGGCGGCAAGGAGGAUUUUGAUGCUGCAUCCGCGUGCUCUGAAUUUGAAUUUGAAAGGUUUGAGAACACAGGCCAUGCCUGAUGGGAGGGAAGAGAAAGCGAGGCCGAAGCGGAAUUUUGAUUUGAAGGGACGGACUGUCCGUGAAAUUAUUCGCAGUAGGGAGGAGGAUUUCGAUCAUGUGGCUGCAAAGCAGCAGGGGUUGCGAACGGUUUUGAAAGUUCGGGAUCUCCUGAUGCGGCGGCCAGGGCGGUUGAUGGAUAUUGCAGAACUUUCCACGCGACAUCCUGACUUGGCCGAAGCUGUUCUGGAUUACCCUGGUAUUUUCAAUGUGAUUGAUUAUGGGACUGGAUCUAGUCUCUUUUGUUUUACUGCGGAGGCGGAGGCUCUCCUUAAGCAAGAGGAUAACUUGAAAGAUACAACCGAGGCUCAUUCGCUGCGUGUAAUUCGAAAAAUUUUGAUGCUAUCAGUUGAGAAAAGGCUCCCCCUUAGAAAGCUAGGUUUGUUAGCAAUGGAUCUUGGUUUGCCGAGCGACUUCAGUGACUUGCUCAGCAGACAUCGGGAUUUUUUUAAGCUUUCAACCACCCUGGACUAUACGACCUGGGUGAGUCUUGCUUCGUGGGAUCCUGAAUUGGCAGUAAGCUAUGCGGAGAUCGAUGAAAAACAACGAAUGGACGGGACGAUGAGUCAAAUGGAGAUGUGGACACCGAAAGGUUAUAUUCUUUCAAAGAGACAUAGGAAGGUUCUCGCUCGGUUCCGAGAAGCACCAUUUGUGUCUCCAUUUUCAGAUUUUAGAGAUUUAGAACCUCUUAAGAUCAAGUUUGAGAAGCAUGCCGUUGCUGGAAUGCAAGAGCUUCUUAAUCUUACCUUGCACAAGAAUCUUGUGCUCAGUAGUCUGGCAGAAUUAAAAACUGAGUUUAGCUUCUCAAAUAAGCCGUUAGAUCUUGUUUUAAGACACCCCGAAUAUUUUUACGUCUCACCAGUCGGAGAGCAAGAAACUGUAUUUUUACGGUCUGCAUAUAGAAAUGGUGAACUUGCUAGGAGAAGUUCAUUAGCUUCAAUUCGAGAGCAAUUAGCGAAGUUGCUAGGGAUUAAGAAAAUUUAAGAAAAGUAGAAUUGAGAAGGCACUCUUGCUAAUGACUAUCAAUGUAGGUCAUGUGCACCUAGGUGAUAUCACUGCUUUAUAAUUAUCAGUGCUUUGAAGCUACCAAGUUGUUCGGCACGCAUUGGUGAGGACUCAACAAGAGUUCGCUACCGUUAUGUCUAGAAAGACCGGCUUGCACAUAUGAUGUACGAUUCAGAGGUACUCAAACUUUCUAAACUAUUUCCUCUCAUCUCUAGAUACUCAAACGAACGUUUCACAUGAUCAUAUGUAUAUUGGAUGCUCAAGCAAGGCUACUAUAACUUAACUGUUAGCGCAUCUGAAGUUGUUGUGCACUGAAUUCUGUUACAACAUGACUUUUUUCUUACUGCGGCUCUUGAAGAGAUCUCUUCUGUGCAGAGAACGUUGAGCUACGAUUUGCGAAGUACUCCUUGGCAACCCUUUGUAUACAAGGUCGACUUAUUGAGACUGUCCAAUGACAAUAACCCCGGAUUCACCAUUGAUCCGCCUUUGUUAUUCAAAAUUUGUGGCGUUCAGCUCUUGUAUACUCGCCGAUGUUUUGUCAUCGGUGUUGCUUUGUUUUUCAACGUGCCGAGAGUUGGUAUCUCGAAUAUCUGCAUCGAUUUCACACAUUCACAGAUGUUAUGCACCAAUCUCACUUUGGUAUUCACUCCAUAUCAUUAAUUUUGAUUCAAUCGGUGAUUUAUGUUUUUGUAGGAAGGUGCUCCUUACAGAAUGGUACAGAAUGGUCCAGAUUGUAAACCAAAGGACUGGAAGCGGGAUAUAUAUUGCAGCUCGAUGUAGAAAUUUACAGCAGUUUUGCCAGACAUCAUUGAUGUCUUUUGGGUCAUGGUGUUGUUUCUCUUUGCCCGUGAAUUUCUGCUUUGAAACUC